GCUUUAAAGCACUAUACAUUGCUUGCAAACUUCCUGGGCAGAUGGGUAACGAAAUAACAAAAAUGCGACCAAAAAAGAGAAAAAUGAAAAUUUACCCAUAUGUUGCCGGAAACACUCUGAAUUCUCAUCAGGCAUUUCUAAAAAAACUCACCAAUAAAGGAGCAACGGUAGUGGAUGCACCUGUGGACAGUAAUGUGAUCAUUGUCUUCUGCCCCAUUGUCAGUCGUUAUAAGACUGACAUUGACUCCGCGUUAUCCAGCGUCCCAGGUAAUGGAAGUGACGAGAUGAUUCUGAUUCUGGUGGCAAUGCAUCACACUUUUGACAAAGACUACACUUUGCCGAGGAGCGAGUCGGACAGCCAUGCAGUCAAACUCCAUGUGGACUGUCUGUUUUUUGAGAAAAAGGGACUUUUGACAUGCAAAUGCAAUGCAAAUGCUGUCAAGAUGGUCUGCAAACAGCUGCAUCUCGGAAAGUAUUCUAAACCCAAAAGGGGGAAAAAAGAAGCACAAGACAAAAAAGAUCUGACAAAUCCUGAGUGAUUCCUCAGAAGGCGUCUGUUGGACUGAAGAGAACAAUUCAACUGACUUUCACAUAAGUCUUAUCAAACAGCUCCUUAGCUUUAAUCUUUACUGCAUCAACUUCCCCUCUGCUCCGAGGGUACUUAAAUGAUGAAAUUGUGUGCUUGAAUAAGAAUGCUUUGCUGAUGUGUACAAAUUCUGCUGAAACAUCAUCUUGGCACAAUGUUGGACACUGCUUCCCCUAGGAUAUUUUGUAAAUCAUAUGAUGGUCUGACUCUUUGUCUUGCUGACUUUGUUGAUUCAUGCUAGACUGCAAUAGGAAUCCGGGCCUACCAGGUUUUCUUGAAUGUAUUAUUGACCUAGAUUUUUGGCAAGCGAGAACUCUUGUUGGCCCUUUUAUUCCGUGCAUCUUUAGCAUCUUGCAAUCAUGAUGUGAAAAAAUUCACCAGUCAGUUAUCUUUGAAUCCUCUGCUGUAAUCCCAGUAGAGCCGUUCUUUCUGCAUAACGUUGUUGCUGGUCUUUGAUAAUGAGGCUUUUCAGUUUUCUUGAGGUUAUGGAGUAUUUUCAUUUUCUGUAGCUGGUAAACACCAAACUGCCCACACACUUUAAUAGUGUCAUCAAUCUCCCUGUGUUUUUGGUAGUUCCUGCUCAAUGCAUCUGCAAAACAAAAUCAUUACCUUCAAAUGCAUUUGGGGCCAGGUCUGUUUCUACGUGGGAACAGCUUUUUAAACGUUAGUGAAUACUUUAGAGGCAAAUUUUAUGGGGCUGUUGUGCUUUACAUGCGUCCAUGUGUCAUGAUCUUUCAGGAGUCAGCAUCUACAAGUCCCCUGUUUCUUUAAUAAAUUGUUCAAUAUUCUGGUAAAUAUGCUUAUUCUUGUCAAGAGUAUUU